AUGACAAUGACUAUCAGCUGCGUCCGCGGUGACUACCUGAAAGUGUACUGGGAGGUGCAGGGCCCAGGGCCACCCGGCGCCGUCAGCGAGCGGUCGGCGUGGGCGCGAGAGCUGUGCGGAAGCAGGGCGGACGCCCCGCCGGCAUUGUACUCGCCGGGGCCCGCCCUGGUGCUGGAGUUCCAUUCGGGACCCAAGCAAAACAACGCCACCGGCUUCUACGGGCCUGGCUACAAAUAUUUCACGUGCUGA